CCACCCCUUUUCCCCUUAGGAUAAUCUCCACCGGAGGGCCGGCACUUUGACAACGCUCACACCUCUAACGUCACUUCCUGCCACUCUAGGAAUACAAAACUCUUUUUUUUUGUAACCAUGUCGGGAGACACAUGGAGGUGGACUUGCCUCAUCUUGCACCUCCUUCCCUGCGCCGUGAUGCUGCCUUCCACCACGAGGCAGCAGCCUUCCAACCCAAAGAGACCUUUCCUCACCUUCACUGUGGAAACGGCGGACGUGCUUUUCAACCACUUGGUGGUGGACGAGAGGAGAGGCAACAUCUACCUGGGGGCCGUCAAUUGGAUCUACAAACUCUCCAGCGAUCUGGAGAUGCUGACGUUUCACCAGACGGGCCCGGAUAGCGACAACCCAAAGUGCUACCCUCCCAAACUGGUCCAGCCUUGCAACGAACCCUUGAAGUCCACAAACAACAUCAAUAAGAUGCUCCUCAUAGACUACAAGGAGAACAGGCUGAUUGCUUGCGGCAGCCUGUACCAGGGCAUCUGCAAACUCUUGAGGUUGGACGACCUGUUUAAGCUCGGAGAGCCCUUCCACAACAAGGAACACUACCUCUCUGGGGUGAACGAGAGUGGCUCUGUUUUUGGGGUGAUAGUCUCUUACAACAACAUGGAUGACAAGCUCUUCAUUGCUACCGCAGUGGAUGGCAAGCCAGAGUACUUCCCCACAAUUUCUAGCAGAAAGCUCCCCAAGAACUCUGAGGCAGAAGGGAUGUUUGCUUACGUUUUCCACGAUGAGUUUGUGGCCUCCAUGAUCAAGAUCCCGUCGGAUACGUUCACCAUCAUCCCUGACUUCGACAUAUACUACAUCUAUGGCUUCAGCAGUGGUAAUUUUGUCUACUUUCUCACCCUCCAGCCUGAGAUGAUUUCUCCUCCAGGCUCCACCACUAAGGAGCAAGUCUACACCUCCAAGCUGGUCCGCCUGUGCAAAGAGGACACGGCCUUCAACUCGUACGUCGAAGUGCCCAUUGGCUGUGAGAAGAACGGGGUGGAAUACCGAUUGCUGCAGGCGGCCUACCUGUCCAAGGCAGGAGCCAUCUUGGCCAGGUCACUGGGCAUCAGGCCGGAGGACGACGUCCUCUUCACCGUCUUCUCCAAGGGGCAGAAGAGGAAGAUGAAGUCCUUGGACGAGUCGGCCCUGUGCAUCUUUGCUCUGAAAAGAAUCAAUGACCGCAUCAAGGACAGGCUGCAGUCCUGCUAUAGGGGCGAAGGCACUUUGGAUUUGGCCUGGCUUAAAGUGAAGGAUAUCCGCUGCAGCAGUGCACUGUUAACAAUUGAUGAUAAUUUCUGUGGCCUGGAUAUGAAUGCCCCACUCGGAGUAUCUGAAAUGGUACGAGGACUCCCCGUCUUAACAGAAGACAAGGACAGGAUGACGUCCGUCAUUGCUUAUGUCUAUAAGAACCACUCCCUGGCUUUCGUGGGCACCAAGAGUGGCAAGCUGAAAAAGAUCCGUGUCGAUGGACCCAUCAGAGGUGCCCUCGAGUAUGAGAUUGUCCAGGUCGUGGAUACAGGCCCAAUCUUGCGGGACAUGGCUUUUUCUGUGGAUCACAAGCAUCUGUACCUCAUGUCUGAUAAGCAGCUCACCCGAGUGCCGGUGGAGUCCUGCGGACAGUACAAAAGCUGCAGCGAGUGCCUGGGCUCAGGGGACCCCCACUGCGGAUGGUGUGUGCUCCACAAUGCGUGCACAAGGAAGGAGCAAUGUGAGCGGUCCAGAGAGCCCCGGAGGUUUGCCUCGGAGAUGCAGCAGUGUGUCCGACUGACCGUGCACCCCAACAACAUCUCCGUCUCACAGUAUAGUGUCAUGCUGGUCCUGGAGACUUACAAUGUCCCGGAGCUGUCGGACGGCGUCAACUGCACCUUUGGGGACCUGUCGGAAAUGGACGGCGUGGUGCUGGGGAGCCGGAUUCAGUGCAAGUCCCCCGCAGCCAAGGAGGUGCCAAAGAUCAUCACAGCGAACGGAGACCACCACAUUGUCCAGCUCCAGCUCAAAUCCAAGGAAACAGGGAUGACUUUUGCCAGCACCAGUUUCGUCUUCUACAAUUGCAGCGUCCACAACUCGUGCCUGUCUUGCGUGGAGAGCCCUUACCGGUGCCACUGGUGCAAAUACCGCCAUGUCUGUACUCACGAACCCCUCAACUGCCACUUCUUGGAAGGACGAGUCAAGGUUCCUGAGGACUGCCCCCAGUUGCUGCACGUCAGUAAGAUCUUGGUGCCUGUGGACGUCAUCAAGCCAAUCACACUGAAGGCCAAGAACCUUCCUCAGCCUCAAUCCGGGCAGCGGGGCUACGAGUGCAUCAUCAGCAUCCAGGGCAACGAGAAGAGGGUGCCUGCUUUGCGGUUCAACAGCUCCAGCGUCCAGUGCCAAAACACUUCAUACACUUACGACGGGACGGAGAUUAACAGCUUGCCAGUGGAGCUGACAGUCGUGUGGAAUGGGGAUUUCAACAUUGACAACCCGGCGCAGAACAAAGUCCACCUGUACAAAUGUGGGGCCAUGCGAGACAGCUGCGGCCUCUGCCUGAAAGCAGACCCGGACUACGAGUGUGGCUGGUGUGAAGACCAGAACCGGUGCACCUUGAAGCACCAUUGCCCCAUCCUGGAGAACCGGUGGCUGGAGCUCUCUGGCGCUGGGGGCAAAUGCACCAACCCCAAGAUCACAGAAAUCAGCCCGGCGAGGGGGCCUCGUGAAGGAGGGACCAGGGUGACCAUCCGGGGAGAAAAUUUGGGCUUGGAGUUCCGGGACAUUGCAUCGCAUGUCAAAGUAGCUGGCGUGGAGUGCAUUCCUUUAGUGGAUGGAUACAUCCCAGCAGAGCAAAUAGUGUGCGAGAUGGGCGAGGCCAAGCACAGCCAGCAUGCCGGAAACGUGGACAUCUGCGUGGCAGAGUGCAAGCCAGAGUUCAUGGCCAAAUCCUCCCAGUUCUAUUACUUUACGAUGUUGACUCUCUUUGACCUAAAUCCCAAGCGAGGUCCGGUGUCUGGCGGAACCCAAGUCACCAUCACGGGCAAGAACCUGAACGCUGGCAGCAAUGUCUCUGUGCUCUUUGGCGAACAUCCCUGCCUUUUCCACAGGAGAACAGCAGAAUGGAUUAUCUGCAACACCACGGCUUACACCAGCAGCUCGGAGAAGAUGGUAGUGGACGUGGUUGUGAAGGUAGACAAGGCCAGGCUCCACAAGGAGCUGGAGAAGGCCAAGUCACCCAAGGAGCUGGAGUUUGAAUAUACGACAGACCCGACCAUCGUGAAGAUCGAUCCAGAAUGGAGUAUUGUCAGUGGAAAUACACCCAUUACAGUGCGGGGCACGAACUUGGACCUCAUCCAGAACCCUCAGAUCCGGGCGAAGUACGGUGGGAAAGAGCACAUCAACGUUUGCGAAGUGCAGAACGACACGGAGAUGAUCUGCCAAGCACCAGCGGUGGAACCAAAUAACCAGACCGACCCUCCUGUGUGGCCUGAUGAGUUUGGCUUCAUCUUGGACAACGUCCACUCCUUGCUGAUCCUCGAGAAACCCAACUUCACCUACUACCCAAACCCCAUCUUUGAGGCUUUCAAUCCCUCUGGGAUUUUGGAGCUAAAACCAGGGACCCCUGUGAUAUUAAAGGGUAAAAACCUGAUCCCAUUGACAGGAGGGAACGCCAAGCUGAAUUACACUGUUCUGGUUGGUGAGAAGCCCUGUGUUCCCACAGUAUCUGAAGUGCAGCUGCUGUGCGAGUCCCCAAAUCUCACUGGACGGCAUAAAGUGACGGCUCGCGUUGGAGGAAUGGAGUUUUCCCCAGGGAUGGUAAACAUCUCCCCGGACAGCCCACUUAGCCUGCCCGCCAUAGUCAGCAUUGCCGUGGCAGGGGGGCUCCUCAUCAUCUUCAUCGUGGCUGUGCUGAUUGCCUACAAGCGCAAGUCCCGCGAGAGUGACCUCACCCUCAAACGGCUCCAGAUGCAAAUGGACAACUUGGAGUCCCGGGUCGCCUUGGAGUGCAAGGAAGCUUUUGCAGAACUGCAGACUGACAUCCACGAGCUGACUAGCGAUUUAGAUGGAGCUGGCAUCCCGUUUCUGGAUUACCGGACCUAUACCAUGAGGGUGCUUUUCCCUGGCAUCGAAGAUCAUCCUGUGUUGAGGGAUCUGGAGGUCCCUGGGUAUCGGCAAGAGCGGGUUGAGAAGGGCUUGAAGCUCUUUGCCCAACUCAUCAACAACAAGGUCUUCCUCCUGUCCUUCAUCCGCACCCUGGAGUCCCAGCGCAGCUUCUCCAUGCGAGACCGUGGCAACGUGGCCUCCCUCAUCAUGACGGUGCUGCAGAGCAAGCUGGAAUAUGCCACGGAUGUCCUCAAGCAACUCCUGGCCGAUCUCAUAGACAAAAACCUGGAGAGCAAAAACCAUCCCAAACUGCUGCUUCGGAGGACAGAAUCUGUUGCUGAGAAGAUGCUCACGAACUGGUUCACGUUCCUGCUCUAUAAGUUUCUCAAGGAAUGUGCCGGUGAGCCUCUCUUCUCCCUGUUCUGUGCCAUCAAGCAACAGAUGGAGAAGGGCCCAAUCGAUGCCAUCACUGGGGAAGCCCGCUACUCCCUUAGUGAGGACAAGCUGAUCCGGCAGCAGAUCGACUACAAGACCCUGGUCCUGAGCUGUGUGAACCCUGACAAUGUGAACAGCCCCGAGAUCCCCGUGAAGAUCCUGAACUGCGACACCAUCACGCAAGUGAAGGAGAAGAUCCUUGACGCCAUCUUCAAGAACGUGCCGUGCUCCCACCGGCCGAAAGCCGCCGACAUGGAUCUAGAGUGGAGGCAAGCGAGUGGAGCCAGGAUGAUCCUUCAAGACGAGGACCUCACAACGAAGAUCGAGAAUGACUGGAAAAGGCUCAACAACCUCGCUCACUAUCAGGUGCCCGAUGGAUCCGUAGUGGCUCUGGUGUCCAAGCAGGUGACAGCCUACAAUGCUGUCAACAAUUCCACCGUCUCCAGGACCUCUGCUAGCAAGUAUGAAAACAUGAUCCGCUACACAGGCAGCCCAGACAGCUUGCGCUCCCGGACGCCCAUGAUCACACCUGACCUGGAGAGUGGAGUCAAGAUGUGGCAUCUGGUCAAGAACCACGAGCAUGGAGAUCAGAAGGAGGGCGACCGAGGGAGCAAGAUGGUGUCAGAGAUCUACCUGACCAGGCUGCUAGCGACCAAGGGCACUUUACAGAAGUUUGUGGAUGACCUCUUUGAGACCAUCUUCAGCACAGCGCAUCGUGGGAGUGCCCUGCCCCUGGCCAUCAAAUACAUGUUCGACUUCUUGGACGAGCAAGCAGACAAGCACAACAUCCACGAUCCCCAUGUGCGGCACACUUGGAAAAGCAACUGCUUGCCGCUAAGGUUUUGGGUGAACAUGAUCAAGAACCCGCAGUUUGUCUUUGACAUCCACAAGAACAGCAUCACCGACGCUUGCCUCUCGGUGGUAGCACAAACCUUCAUGGACUCCUGUUCGACCUCAGAGCACCGUUUGGGCAAGGAUUCCCCCUCGAAUAAGCUCCUCUACGCCAAGGAUAUCCCCAGCUACAAGAACUGGGUGGAAAGGUACUACUCAGAUAUCGGCAAGAUGCCAGCUAUCAGCGACCAGGACAUGAACGCCUACCUGGCUGAGCAAUCCCGCAUGCACAUGAAUGAAUUCAACACAAUGAGCUCGCUCUCGGAGAUCUAUUCCUAUGUGGGCAAGUACAACGAAGAGAUCCUUGGAGCCCUUGAUCAAGAUGACCAGGCCGGGAAGCAAAAGCUGGCCUACAAACUUGAACAAGUUAUAACCCUCAUGAGCAUAGACAGCUGAGAACUGCCCUACCAGGGGACUCCCUGGGAGGGAUUUGAAACAAACAUACAAACAAAACCAAGCCGUGCCUCAGUCAAGAACAUCCUCUUUACCAAGUGCAAGUUUCUGAUUGGCCGUCGAGCGGAGUCACCGGAAACAGCUCUCGACUCCUCUAAGGCUCGCCCGCCAAACAUAUGGACGCCAAGCAACUAGGCCUCAAGGACUUGAGGGACGUCUCUGCGGACGGAUCCCUUAGUGCGGGGACCAUACAGGUGGAGCUCCCUCGUCCACAGAUUAUUCCCGCCCCCUCUUCUGCCUUCUCCCUGGAGCAUAUCGUCAUAUCAUCCGUUAACAGAGCGGACUGCCCUGGUUCGCCUCUGUCGAUGCUGCUUUUACUGGCUCCCUGCGGGCUCGGAACCGUGGAGCGGGAAACUAAACUCAGUGUUAUUUCGAAGCUGCGCCAAGGCAGGACUAUCGCUCUCUUGCCUCUGGAGACCCCGGCAGAGUGGGAACGAACUUGGUUUUUCCCUCCCACUCAGCAGUGCUGCCGCACCCCACUCUUCAUCCUAUGGGGAGGACCCCAGUGACUUUUACCCCCCCCCUCUCCUUGGGACUGGCAUGGCAGAGGGGUCCCUGUGCCCUGUGAGCUAACCGUGUUGUCAGCUGCUCUUCUGGGAUUGGGUGGAGAAGGAAGGAAAACCACAUAUUCCCCACUCCACAAUUUUCAUGCAUUCAUCUACUUUUUGUUUUUAUGGGUCAUCCUCAUUUUCAACCUGUGCCCCACUGACUGUGAAACUAAAAGGCAGCCACAUACAAGCACACACCUUUCUUUCCCUGAAACAGCACCUGUCUCUUCUCUUUUUGCUUCAGAUGCAUCUCAGUGGGGGCAUUUAUAUCCCUUCCCAAACCAGCGCAGCUUCACGUUGUGCAGUGAGGCACUCUCGCCGUUGCAACCGGAAGCAGUCCCCUCCCUCGCUUUUUCUGUACGAUCCCAGGCCGCAACUUUCUGUAUCUUUCUGGCUAACCAUCCCAAACAAUAGAGCACAAAAGAAAUAACAAGAAGCCUUUGAUCUAGACACAGCACAGAGUUAAACCCAGAAAUAAGUACCAGCAUUAAAGAGAUGACAAGAGGUUGCACCCCAGGAUUGGGGUAGGGUUCAGUAAGAAAAGAGGGCCCCUCCUAAGCAUAUUUAUUCUUUCUUUAGUAGUAGCAACAGACCUAAUGGAUGUUCAAAAACAGGAGGGAGUGUUUAUCAUUUGCAAGGAUGAUUGGCUGGGGCAGUGUAGCCUGUGCAAUGCUUUUGCCCGCAAAAUUGCAGCUGGAACUGGAUUGAUUCGGCAUGUUCUUCUUCUUUGGUUUGAUGCAUUCAUGUAAUCAUGUAAACACAUUCCAACCAGAGCAGAGCAACUUUGCAUUGCAUUUAGUUUAAUGACAGAAUUCAGCCAUGCUGUCUUGUUGAAAUCAAUGAGACUCAAAGGCUUCCCUCCUGACUGGGCCAUGUCCCAAAUUUGGAAAGCUGGAGCUAAAUGCUGGUCCAGAGCUUUUUGCACACUUAAACACAGCCCCUCACGCAUUUCAGAAUCAAAAGUACAGAAUCAAGUACAGAAUCAAAACGCACACUCCUGGCGUUGGCAUCUGCCUGCCGAAGCUUGAUGGAUCCAAUCCACUGUACUGGAGACCAUUGAAAUAAAUAAACAAGCUUCAGCUUUCUUUAAGUCUGUGCUGAGUCAUCACGACACAUAUUUAGCAUCAAUUUUGGGUCUAUCUCCAGUGCUCUUUGGAGAGUAGAAAAAGAAACCCGAGUUUCGUUGAUGAAAUUUGCAUCCUGUCAAAAUUAGCAUCUAUUGUUAAACUCAACAGUGUUUGAGUUUCCGAUCUGAAUGAAUUUCCAUUUUGGCACCGACACAAAUUCGUUUUGCCUGAAAUAAGAGGUGGGCAAAAUAUAAGCAGAAGACACCUGUGUCACAGUGACAUGGAGAGCUGCCUUAUAGCAGGUCAGACUGUUUAUCCCCAUGUUGUUUACCCUGAUCUGCAGCAGCUCGCUGGCGUUUCAGACGAGAGGCUUUUCCCCUCCCCUGCUGCUCACUUGGGUUUGUUUUCCAGCUGCACAUGGCAGGAAUUGAAUUUGCAACCUUCUGCAUGCCAAGCAUGGGCUCUGCUGCUGAGCAAUGGUCCACCCUGAAGUCUAGAUUCCGCAACGGCAGUUAUGAGUCGCUCUGCAACACCAGACAUUGACACUACCUUCCUGGAGUAAAUAUUUUGCCAAGUAGGCAGUCUUGUACCAAUGCUCAAAAGCACCAUAUAGCAAAAGGCGUUAAUUCCAUUGGUGCAUUUCCCAGAGAGAGGCUCAGCAACAAGCCCAGCAAGGUGUAAUUCCCAAACUCCUGGGCUAUGGGCAAUAAUGACACGGUUCACUUCAGCGCUCCUCUGCCUUGUUCCAGGGCUGCCCAACCUCACUGUGAUAUCAGAGCUGGUCGUCCGAUGGCUGGUCAUUCGGAGGCGAGGCAGGCAGAGAGGUCAGAGGUUAAGGAUGGGAGUGUAGGACCAGGACAAGCUGCAGAAGCACUCAAUCUUCUUUCUCCUAUUUUUCACUGUGAAAUAACCGUGCAUUGGGUCACUUUGCCGUCAAUGUGACGCAGAUCCUACCCAUCACAACUGUGCUGUGAACAUGUUUGCGAGGAUUAAAGGGAGAUCAGAAAGUCCCAUUCCCACCCUGUGCAACCACGGAGCUUAGGGGGAAUGCUUUUAACCUGGCCCAACAGUCGUUUGUUUGCAUGCAUGUCUCCAUUCAUUCCAUCUCCAUUUCUUUUGGCCUUGAGUCAGCUAACAUUGGUGUGCAGUACAGGAUUAACCACUAGGCUAUGUCAGCUUAAAAACGGCUUCUGUUAUAUCUACGUAUCUGAGAGUGCCUCUGGAUGGCGAAUGCCUCCAUCCUGCUUCUUUAGAAAUCCCCAUCCUUUACAUUUCCCUUAUCCCACGACAGGUGUGAAAUGACCCUGUCCUUCUUAGUGCAGGAAUUUAAGUUACGGGCUGAUACUGGUCGGAGGAGCAGAAUCAUGGAGCCUGGUACGUUGCAGGGGGCAAAAGUGGGACCUCCGCAAUUGCUUCUGCAGGGUUGUGCGGAUACAGGGGAAGAGCAGGGUUCACGGGACCAGAAUCCAGACGUUGUUGCUCAUUUCCGCAAUAUCUAGAGGGUGGAGAAGUCCUGAUUUACCAUCACAGAAUUUACACUUUAUGCUUGUUCUCCUGGAUCGCCGACGGACGGAAAUGGCGAACGGAUGGAAAGCUCCGGGCUAGGAGAGAGAAAAAGUUUGUCUCGAAUACAGAAAACGCUUUUAGACGUGGAAAAACCAAAGGUUUUUGACAAGCGAAGUGCCACAGGUGACGAAGGUGGGAGAUGCCCCCCCCUCCGCAUGGCUUUCUCCGAUUCUAAAAUGAAAGCAAAGCUGGUGGGAGAGAUUCCCAGAGCAUGUUUGGGACCUGGUUUGUUUGCACACACGAGGAAGGAGAAGGUGGGUUGGGUACAUCCGAGGGGGAGGAGAUGUUGGGGUUGGGGAAAACAAGACCACAUGAUUUUGCACAGCUGAUGAGGAGGAAACAGGAAGGAACUGAGACUCCGCAUGCUCCUGGUUUAAAAGGGUUUUUUUAAAAAAAAAAGUCGAUGGUUUUGUUUUUUAACAUUUUUUUGCUAGCACAGACUCGGUCAGGUUUUUGUUUCAAACUUGAGCCCCUCAAAGGAAUGAACAGAACGUAUCAAAAUAACUUGUCAGAAACAGGAAGCAGUGUGCGAACGUCCGCACCCCUAGCCCCCCACCCCAUCGAUUUCCUCUUUUCUCAGACCUAGGCGUUUGAAACAAAUCUCUAUUUUGGUUCUUUUUUUAUUUUUGUAUCUCAGAAUUCAUAUUUGUUGUUUCUUAGUUGAUUUCUUUCUUUUCUUUUCAACCUUGGAAUUGUGCCACAAUUGUGAUGUGAAUGUGUGAGCUCUUAUCCCACCAAGCGCCUCUGUCUGCAGUCUUGGCUUCUAAUUCCCCUCUUCAUUUUCUGUUUAUGUGUAUGUAACCUACAAAUGAAGGAAGCAGA